GGCCGCACGAGUCCUGGAAAGCGUUGUUGGCCCGGUUACUCCGGAGCCGGGUCCCAGGUCGGGUGGCUACCUGCUCGCCAGCAGCUCGCCAUGGGGAGUACGGAGAGCAGCGAGGGCCGUAGGGUGUCCUUCGGAGUGGACGAGGAGGAGCGGGUCCGGGUGCUGCAGGGCGUCCGGCUGUCUGAAAAUGUGGUGAACCGCAUGAAGGAGCCCAGCUCUCCACCCCCCACUCCUGCAUCUUCUACGUUUGGCCUUCCAGGUGGCAACUUGAGAGCCCCUCACAAAGAAUCCACAAUGCUCACGUCAGGGAGCAAUGGUGGCCAGCAGCCCUCAGGGGCGAAGGAGGGUGUCAAGAGGUAUGAACAGGAGCAUGCUGCUGUCCAGGAUAAGCUCUUCCAGGUGGCAAAGAAGGAAAGAGAGGCUGCCACAAAGCCCUCCAAGGCAUCCCUGCCCACAGGCGAAAGUAGCAUCGGUCAUGAGGAGCAGAAGUCAGUCCGGCUGGCCAGGGAGCUGGAGAGCAGAGAGGCAGAGCUAAGACGCCGUGACACCUUCUACAAGGAGCAGCUGGGGCGUAUUGAGAGGAAGAAUGCUGAGAUGUAUAAACUGUCUUCACAGCAAUUCCAUGAGGCAGCUUCGAAGAUGGAGAGCACAAUAAAGCCCCGCAGGGUGGAGCCCGUCUGCUCAGGGCUGCAGGCCCAGAUCCUCCAAUGCUACCGAGAUCGCCUACAUGAGGUGCUGCUGUGCUCAGACCUGGUCAAGGCAUACCAGCGCUGCGUGAGUGCCGCCCACAAGGGCUGAGGAGCAGACAUCAUUCCCUGUCCUGGCAGUGACUUGGAGCCCUGAAGAAGGGACCAAUCAUGGGACCACAGCCCACAGAGCCCUAGGCCACAACCACCGUGCCCUGCCACGUCCUGCUGAGCGGGGCUGCCAUGUGUUUAGGAGACAAAGUAUACGCUGCAGUCUGAAAACAAAUAAAGCAGACGCCUUUGUCUUC